UUCAUCGUUGCAUGUAGCAGUUAGCGGUUUCUCCUUCUUUUCUUUUCAGAUACUAUCUUUCAUCGUUGUAGCAGUGGCAUAUUUCUUCUUCUUUUCUGCAUAUGUCACAGACGCUAACUUAUAGACUUUGAUAAGAGUUAAUGAAAUAGUAGAAUGGAAGGCAGAACCUUGUUCCAAAUUCUCGCAGGUAGAAUCGUAUACCUUUUAAGUAGUGCGUCAUAUUUAAUAUACUCUUCAAGUUAGACAGGAUGUCACAUUCGUUUUUUUUUUAGUGUACAAACCUGGCAGGUAUGUCUGUCUCUGUCAAGGUAUAAAUAUGUCAGGUAAAUAUAUCUUUGUGAUGGGGUACAACUGACGGUAUGGUUUAUUUUCAAUAAACCAUUUAAGGUCAAAGGUCUGAAUCAUCCGUUCGCCGUCUGUUAAUCAUGACCCCAUUAUCAGUGUGUGUUACCAUUACCGUGUCUUCACUGUGUUACCAUUACCGUGUCUUCACUGUGUUACCAUUACCGUGUCUUCAAUGUGUUACCAUUACUGUGCCUUCAUUGUGUUACCAAUAUUGUGUCUUCAAUGUGUUACCAAUACUGUGUCUUGACUUCAGUUUUGACAGCCUUGUGGUACUCGGCGCCAUGGGCUGAAUGUGUGUCCUUCUCUUCUCGCCCACUCUCCGAGGACGACUACCUGUAUCUCCAGACUCUCCCCGAUGGCAAAGCAGGCCAGCAGCUGCCAGGGUUCAAGUAUCUCUACGUGGACGAGGACCGCCAGACGAAUGAGACGCUUGACCACUCCAGAGUCCAGUUGGAGAUAGCCGGGUCGCCAGGAGUCAGUGACUUUGCUCUUCGCGUUGCGGCUGAUUAUGUCAUAAAGAUGACACAGUACAUGCCAGAUGACAUAUUCCGAAACGUGGCCACCAGGUCGAGUUUGGGGAUCUUCUCAGCCCACGAGAAGCUUAUCGUGUUCCCUGAAUAUGCUCACCUGGCCAAUGGAGACUGUGGGACGUCUUGUUUAGGUAAUGUCAGGGGACUGUGGGGCGUUUUAUUCAGGUAAUUUCAGGGGACUGUGGGACGUCUUGUGCAGGUAAUGUCAGGGGACUGUGGGACGUCUUAUUCAGGUAAUGUCAGGGGACUGUACGACGUCUUGUGCAGGUAAUGUCAGGGGACUGUGGGACGUCUUGUUUAGGCAAUGUCAGGGGACUGUGGGGCGUCUUGUUUAGGUAAUGUCAGGGGACUGUGGGGCGUUUUGUUUUGGCAAUUUCAGGGGUCUGUGGGGUGUCUUGUUUAGGCAAUACCAGGAGACUAUGGGACGUCUUGUUUAGGCAAUUUCAGGGGACUGUGGGACGUCUUGUUUAGGCAAUUUCAGGGGACUGUGGGACGUCUUGUUUAGGCAAUUUCAGGGGACUGUGGGACGUCUUGUUUAGGCAAUGUCAGGGGACUGUGGGACGUCUUGUUUAGGCAAUUUCAGGGGACUUUGAGACGUCUUGUGCAAGUAAUGACAAUAGUUUUGAGUACAUAGUAAAUGUGAUGACGUAUGAUAAUCCCCUUGGUAAUUGAGACUAUGGGAUGUGUUGUGCAGGUUAAGUCGGCAGAGUUGAGUCCCUGCAGUUAGAAAUAUAGAUCACCUGGGUAGUUGAGACCAUCGGACAUCUCGUACCGAUAAUGCCAGUGGCUUGAUGCCGGCAUUGACAUGCAUAUGUUAACGCAGGUCAGUGUUUUGUCAAGCCAGAUGAGCGCAAAAAGUUAAAAAGAUGACUGUAUAAAUUAUAGUAUGUGUAAUAUGUCAUCUAUACGGUCACAGAUGUUGUCUUAAGAAAUAACUACCGAUAGUAGAUUUAUAUUACUGGAAUAAAUUGUUGUUUCCAACAUCUUGUAUCACCUUGGAGCCAUUGGAAAAGUAUUUCACCGGAGCGGAAUAUUGAAAUAAUGUUGAUAACAAAAUAAGAUGAUAAGACCAGAAAAUUGUAUCCAUCCAAUAUGAUUGGAAAUCUGUUUUAAUUGUAUGUAUUUCUGGUAACAUUUUUUGGGGGUGAGGGGGGUCGGCGGCUCGCGCGCUGUAGACCAGUGGUUCUCAACCUGUGGGUCGCGACUCUUUUGGUUUUUUUUUUUUUUGGGGGGGGGGGUGCAAACGACCCUUACACAAGGGUCACCUAAGACCAUUGGAAAACACAUAUUUAUGAAGUAGCAACGAAAAUACUUUUAUAGUCGGGGGUCACCACAACAUAAAAAACUGUAUUAAAGGGUUGAGGCAUUAGGAACGUUGAGACCUACUGCUGUAGACUCACGAACUGUGAAGAUAGACACACAGCUCGCCGCUAUAACCUUCAUAACGCUUUACUCACAGAACAAUGUGAACACAGUAUUCUAGUUGGUUGUGGAACACUGCUGGCAUACAUAUGUGUAGGCCUACUCGGCAGCCAUAUUGAAAUCUGGAUAAAUCUCAGAAAAGGUUAUCUUACGAAUUUUUUAUUUAUAAAGUACAUUUCUGAAACGUAUUACUAUGAUUACUAAGGUUUUAUUUUAAAUUAUGUUUUCAAUUAAUUUUUGCGCUUGCCGUUUUUACUCUUCUGUCUCCAGGUUCGUGUGCUCACACGUGCUCAGCAGACGGCAGGAAAUGGGAGAACGUGGCUGGAGUUGGCGGGAAAAGGGCGGUCAUCCUGGAAGACAACAUCCUGUGCACCCCGCACGACCCUUACUACCACAACCUGAACGUGCUGGUCCACGAAUACACCCACACCAUCCACGCGAACGGACUCGGCCCCCAGGCGCUGCACAACAUCACCGCGGCGUACCACUCCGCGAAGGAGGCCCACACGUGGACCGUGCCCUCGUACGCCAUGGGCAACGAGAGGGAGUACUUCGCCGUGGCGACGACCGUCUUCUUCGCCGUCAACCGCAACGGCCUCGCGAACUCUGGCGGGAUGAACUCUUGCGGGUCGGGGUUCUGCACCACGGAAGCUCAAGGACGAGAGCACCUGUCCCUCAGAGACCCGGCGCUGUACGGAGCUCUCUCCUACGUGUUUACAGACAACAACCCUGACCUGCACAGUGGAUUAACUAUAUGUCCCCAUAGCAAUCCUGUUGUUGUCGGAUAAUGUGAUGUGUGUGGUCUUAAUUAAACAUAUGGUUUUUUGUU